AAGUGGAGCACGUGACCCUUUUGGUCGAAUCACAUUUUAAAUUUCAGUGCGCGCUCCUGCACAAACGAAAGAGCCGGAGGAACUGAUAACCCGCUUCACCGUUAACACUAGUCCGUCUCUGCCUUAUUAAUCAAUCCUCGGGAAAGUACCACAAUGUCUGAAGAAAAGCCAAAGGAGGGAGUUAAGACGGAGAACGACCACAUUAACCUCAAGGUAGCUGGUCAGGAUGGGUCAGUUGUACAGUUCAAAAUCAAAAGGCAUACUCCGCUCAGUAAACUAAUGAAGGCAUACUGCGAAAGACAGGGAUUGUCAAUUCGUCAGAUAAGGUUUAGGUUUGAUGGACAGCCAAUUAAUGAAACGGACACACCUGCACAGCUCGAGAUGGAGGAUGAGGACACAAUUGAUGUAUUUCAACAACAGACGGGAGGAGUCUGUUCUUAAGUCGGAUGUGGACUCUUGGAAGAACGUCCACAUCAUUAUUUUCAUGUUGGUUUUCACUUAUUUUUUUUCCCACUGUGCUCGGUCAGGCUGUUCACAGCGUAAAAGAAAGCAGGAGGUUUUUUGUUAGUGCCAAAAUCUUAACUUUGAGAUGCAGGGUAAUUUUUUUAAAAAAGUGUUUUAUUCACAUAAAUGGAUGAUUUGAAAUUGUCCAAGGCAGGGACAUGUCUCAGAUCAGAUAUGGCUUGUAAUGAAAAAACCCACUGCUUUCUUUUGAUGUUGAAAUGACCUCAUGCAUGUCUCUUAAAACAUAAGCUGAACUACAUGCCAAAAUCCCCUUUUUUUUCCUCUCUUUUUUUUUUAUUUUUUUUUUAAGUUUUCCAGAUUGUUCCAGCAUUAAAAUUUCAGGGUGGGCUCAACUGUUUGAAAUUCAUGUACUUGAUAGGAUUUCUAUGGAGGAAAACUGCUGCAUGGGAGCCUGUGGUUUCUUUCUGUAGAUGGGAAAGACAUUGAGUUAUAUUUCUCAUGUAAUAAACCUUUAGUGUUCUUUUUCUAAGGGACACUUAAAAUAAUGUGAUGUGUCCAUGCCCAAG